GCGAGUGUGAGCGACGGGGAGAGCAACAGUUUAACUCACAGUGACCAAAGAGAGAAGCAGUCAGAAGCUCAAGUGAGGCACUCGGAUAUGGCGUGGACUGCGGCGAGGAGCUUCCACAUGCCGACGAUCGAUAUGGCCGCACUGCGGACUCGGGCUCCAUUAGCCGUCGGCGUCGGCUGUGCCUCGGUGGCCGGCUCCGGCUUGUGGCGAUCCUCGAUUUCAUCCAAACCCUCUUCCCGCUUUGCUUGCUUGGCUACUUCCACCGACACUCGAAUCAAGGAGGCUGUGAAAACAGAUAAGGCGCCGGCUGCAUUGGGACCCUAUUCUCAGGCAAUCAAAGCUAACAAUGUCCUCUAUGUGUCUGGUUGUCUUGGUCUGAUUCCCGAGACGGGAAAGUUCGUCUCUGAUGAUGUUGAAGGUCAGACAGAGCAGGUUCUGAAGAAUAUGGGAGAAAUACUGAAAGCAAGUGGUGCCGAUUAUUCCUCUGUGGUUAAAACAACUAUUUUGUUAGCUGACUUGAAAGACUUCAAGGCAGUCAAUGAGAUCUAUGCUAAAUACUUUCCGUCCCCAGCUCCUGCACGCUCAACAUUUCAGGUAGCGGCAUUGCCAUUGGACGCCAAGAUUGAAAUUGAGUGCAUCGCAGCACUAUAGCCUCAUAAUAUUCAGCUUAUUAGCAGGAACUUAGAUGAUGUUAUAAUAAUGUAGGAGGUGGCAUCCCCUUGAACAUCGAGUUUGACUUGUUUAUUCCCCCUCACUUGCACGUUGUUCGUUUUGUAACAUUGUUUCUGUACUUCACAAUUAAAAAGCAAUAUGGUUUAAUGCUUGCUUCAUCAUA